AUGACGUGGGACCCGACCAAGAACAAGACCUACCAGAUCCUCAAGGCCGCCGAGGAGGGCCAGUACGGCGUCGUGGCGCCCAUCGCCUACAACCUCGAGAACAUCCUCUCCUUCAUCCGCUCCGCCGAGGCCAAGCGCAGCCCGCUCAUCAUCCAAGUUUUCCCCUGGGCCAUCACCUUCUCCGACGGCCUCCUCGUCCACGCCGCCGCCCUCGCCGCCAAGUCCGCCUCCGUCCCCGUCGCCAUCCACCUCGACCACGCCCAGGACGAGGCCAUGAUCCGCCACGCCGCCGACAACCUCCCCUUCGACUCCAUCAUGGUCGACAUGAGCCACUACGAGAUGGAGGAGAACCUGGCCAAGACCAAGGAGCUCGUCGCGUACUGCCACGCGAGGGGCAUCGCGACCGAGGCCGAGCCCGGUCGCAUUGAGGGCGGCGAGGACGGUAUUGCGGACACGGCGGACCUGGAGGGCGCUUUGACGACCGAGGAGCAGGUUGAGGACUUCAUUGCGACGGGUAUCGACUUCUUGGCGCCUGCGUUUGGUAACGUGCAUGGCGAGUACGGUGCCCGGGGCCCCGUCUUGGAGUUUGACAGGCUAGAGAAGAUCCGCGCCAAGGCUGCGGGCAGAGUUCGCAUUGUGCUCCACGGAACGAACGACUUCCCCGAGGACCUGAUGCAGACGUGUAUUCGCGGCGGCGUCUCAAAGGUCAACGUCAAUAAGCUGGUUCUGGACGACUACCUGGUCCACCUUCAGAAGAACGCCCCGACCAUGGGUCUCACAACAUUGCUGGAGCAGGGUGUCAAGGAGGCACAAAAGUUGACGGAGUGGCAGAUGGAUGUGUGCAAAUCUGCCGGCAAGGCAUAA